AUGGCAACUACAAAUCUCCACCCCGAUACCAUGAGAUCUGUGUAUCCCACCAUUGAUGCCUCCACCAGCUUGCAGCAAAGCGCAAAGGGCAAGGUGGUGUUGAUCACUGGAGCUGGCCGUGGAAUCGGACAAGCCAUCGCAAUCGCCUUUGCCCAGGCCUCGGCGGCUAAGCUUAUCUUGACCGCCCUGGAGGAGUCAGAGCUGGAAGAGAGCCGACAGAAAGUCCAGGAGAUUAACCCGGGGAUCCAAGUGUUCUCGCGCGCCCUUGACGUUCGAAGCAACGCGGACGUGGGCACAUUCGUCUCACAAGCCGCUGCCUGGGCCGAAAAUCGCAUCGAUGUCCUCUGCUGCAAUGCUGGCAUAAGCCCGCCCCUAGUGCCCAUCGCAAGUGGCGAUCCCGAUCAGUGGUGGAUGGGCCUUGAGGUCAACCUCAAGGGCGUCUACCUCUUUGCGCGCCACGUCCUGCCUAUCAUGCAGGCCCAACGUGCCGGUCAUAUCAUCAUUACGGCGUCUCGGGCGGCGACGCGCGCAGACGACAAGAUGUCCAGCUACCAGAUCUCCAAGCUGGCUGCUACGCGCCUCUGCGAAUGCAUCCACGGAGAAAACCAUGAAAUGGGCAUCCGAUGUUUCGCCAUACACCCGGGAGGUAUCGUCACGCGGCUACUGACAGAUAUGGAGACCAAACAGAACGAGCCGUGGGCGUCCGAGGCAGUUAAGGCCAUCCGGCCUCACCUGCGCGAGGAGAUAUCCCUACCAGGUAAUUCGUGUGUGCUUCUCGCAUCAGGGCGGGUGGAUUUUCUAAGCGGGAGAUACGUAGACCUGACGAUUGGUUUCGACGGAAUGAUCCGUGAGGAGAAGGCGAUCGAGGAGCAUGACCUGUUCAAAAUCGGGAUUGGGCUUCAUUGGUCGUCAUCAGGGGGUGUUGUCCCAUUUUAG